CUCUUCACUCUGUUUAUGGCAAAGUCCUGUCGGGACAGCCCACUGCAGGUUUUUUUUACUCACGUGUCGGAGAGGCUGUAAAGCAAACCCACGUGAGUUCGCAGAAGUAAAGUCCAGAUGUUAGCGGACCGGAUAGGAUAGGAUAGGAAAGGGAUAUUCGACAGAGACGAGGAGUUCCAGCUCGGGUGGGAUUUGUGGUCGAUAAAGUCAAGACUCUGGCAAAUAUUUGACAAAAGAGGAGAACAGGACUUCAGACUGAACCAACAUACUGGAUUUUCUGCAGCAAUUUUGAAGACUUUUUUUUUUUUCUUCUUUCUGUCCAGUAAAACGUUUUGAUUCCAGCCAUGUCAGAGGACAACGAGUUAUCCUACAGUGCUGCCAUCCAGGAGGCCAGCACCUCCAUCUCUCGCUUCCCUCUCAUCCCAGUUAAAGGGAUUCCUCUCAUGAGCCUCAUCGCCAAUAACUUUGACGCCAUCUCAGCUUUCUGUCCUGACAGCUCGGACCUCCUCAUUGCCACCUACCCCAAAGCAGGGACAACAUGGACUCAGGAGAUAGUUGAUCUGCUUCUUCACAACGGGGAUGCCGUGGCUUGCAGACGAGCCCCCACGCUGCUCCGUAGUCCUUUCCUGGAGAUCUGGAGCCCACCACAUAUCCCCUCAGGUCUUGAGCUCCUGAAUAAAAUGGCUCCCCCGAGAAUCAUUAAGACACAUCUGCCAAUUCAGCUGGUUCCGACUGGAUUUUGGGAAAAGAAGUGCAAAACCAUCUACGUAGCGCGCAAUGCUAAGGACAACAUGGUGAGUUACUACCAUUUUGAUCGCAUGAAUUUGACCCAACCUGAGCCCGGACCUUGGGAGGGCUACAUCCACAAGUUCAUGCGAGGAGAGUUGUCGUGGGGCUCCUGGUACGAUCACGUGAAAGGUUAUUGGCAGGAACGAGAGAAGAGGAACAUCCUUUACGUCUUUUAUGAAGACAUGAAAGAGAAUCCCAGACGUGAAGUGGAACGCAUCAUGAGGUACCUGGACUUGUCCCUCUCUGAUGACGUCAUCGGCCGCAUUGUGGAGCUGACGAGCUUCAAAGCAAUGAAGGAGAACCCAAUGGCCAACUACACGUUCAUUCCCAAGACUGUUUUCGAUCAGUCCAUCUCGGACUUCAUGAGAAAAGGAGAAGUCGGUGAUUGGAAAAAUCAUUUUACCCCUGAGCAGUCAGCAGAGUUCGACGAGGACUACGAGAAGCAAAUGAAGCAAGUCAACAUACCGUUCAGAACGGAGAUCGAAUUCAUGUCAGACAACCAGACUGUCAUCCCUCGCUCCCACUUGGUCCCAGUAGAAGGGGUUCUUUUGGAGGACCACAUCGCCACAGGUUUAGAUGCCGUGUCUGCCUUCUGUCCUCAUCCGUCAGACCUCCUUGUCGUCGCCUACCCUAAAUCAGGCUCAACAUGGACUCUGGAGAUAAUUGACCUGCUCCUUCAUAAAGGAGAUGUCGAGACCUGCAGACGAGCCCCGAUAACGAUCCGAACAACUUUCCUCGAGGCUACCAUUCGACUACGCAGCAAAUCAGGUCUUGAUCAACUGAAGGAAAUGGAUCCCCCAAGAGUCAUUAAGACACAUCUCCCAUUUCAGCUGGUUCCACUCGGGUUUUGGGAAAAGAAGUGCAAAACGAUCUACGUUGCGCGCAAUGCUAAGGAUACCCUGGUGAGCUUCUACUACUUUCAUCACAUGAAUAAGACUUGUCCUGAGCCUGGAACCUGGGAUGACUUCAUCCACAAGUUUAUGCAUGAUGAGUUGCAAUGGGGCUCCUGGUAUGAUCACGUGAAACGUUUCUGGGAGGAACGAGAAAAGAGGAACAUCCUUUACCUCUUCUAUGAAGACAUGAAAGAGAAUCCUCGGCGUGAAGUGGAGCGAAUCAUGAGGUACCUGGACUUGUCUCUCUCUGAUGAUGUCAUCAGCCGCAUUGUGGAGCUGACGACCUUCAAGAACAUGAAGGACAAUCCCAUGGCCAACUAUACCUUCCUUUCCAACGAGAUUUAUGAUCAGUCCAUCUCCAAAUUCAUUAGAAAAGGAGAAGUCGGUGAUUGGAAAAAUCAUUUUACGCCUGAGCAGGCAGCAGAGUUUGACGAGGAUUACAAGAAGAAAAUGAAGCAAGUCAACAUACCGUUCAAAACACAGUUCUAACAGGCUGCGCAGUGUUGCAAUUAAUUAUGCUUAGUUUGAGUUCUCCCCUUCUCAGUAAAAUAUAGUUUGUUUCAUGCUUGCGGGAAAGCUAGCUAAACAUGCUACACACGAACAUGUUUCAAAGGUUUAUUGUUGAUGUAAAAAAAAAAAAAAAUUCGAGUAAAUCCAGUCAAAGAGAUAACAUUUGCAUCAUUUGAUAAAGGAUAAUCUUCUUUAAUUCACAAUGCCCUCUAUCAAAGGAACCCUUUGUCUCUGUUUUAUGCAACUAUUGCCAUUAUGCGAUGAGAUAAUUUACAUUGUUUCUAUCACAAGACUUUCUCCAGGUCCACUGUCAGACCUGGAACAUUCAACAGGAUCCAUGACAAUGUUUUACAUGAUACUGGGGAAAUAUCAGUUCGAAACAAUACGCCUGGAUGAAUCACAGUGCUCACAGUACAAUAUGUUAUGGAUAUCCUGUUGCUUAAAAACAAUGUAACAUGCAUUUAAAAUUCACCUGAUGUCCUUUGGUCAUGCUUUUAUAGAUUUAAUCUAUUUGGGUACCAAGGUGUGUUUUGGGGUAACGACGGGAGGAAAAGUGAAGUAAACUAUACUUCAGCAGUCAGCAGAGUUUGAAGAGGACACCCGAGAAGAAAAUGAAGCAAGUCAACAAUACGGUCUAACAGGCUUGGCAGUGUUUCAAUUGCUUCUAUAUUGCUUUAGUUAUUUCUCUGUGUUUGCUUGUUAGAACCGCAGCGUAACAUCACAGUAAAAUACCAUUUUGUUUGUUUAGCAGUUGGGAGAACGCUAGCUAAUCAUGCUACACGGGAACGUGUUGCAAAGACGUCUUGUCGAAGCAACUUGCUAACAUCCAUCCAUCCAUUUUCUGUACCGCUUUAUCAUCA